AUGGCUGAGGAGAACAGUUCAGAGGUCAAAAAGAUUGAGAAUUUUUUGGAUACAAAUCCUCCGGCGAUGUCAGAAGAAGAUUCUGUGGAAACAGUACUCGUAAAAGACGUGGAAAACGUGGGAGAUGUUGUGUCUGUGGCGUCCACCAAGGAUCAAGAAGAGUGUAUACCAGAGAUGAAGAAAGUGCCUAAGCCACAAGUUGGGAAUUUGAGACGGCACUCCACAGGAGCGAUCGGUACACGAGCUGGUAAACCGCAGGUUCAGUCACGCUAUCGUGGGAAUCAUCAUGUGAGCUCGACUCAUGAGUUCUGUAAACACGGGAAGAAGUGUGAUCAAGAGGAUGCGGUGAAACCGUGGAAGAUUGUGAGGAGAAAGAGUGUUGAAGGCUCAGAGGCUGCAAAAUCUAUGACUUCAAGUUUGACAAGAAAGACGUUGGCAAGUUUGAGUAGACCGAUUCCGGUUAUUACCAAACCGGAGAGUUUUGUGGCUGCAAAGAGAAGACAAUGUGCUUCUGUGAAAUCGGAAUCAUCUAGCGUUAAAGAAGAUAGUGAGAUGGCAAGAUCUAUUGAUGGUUCAAGUGUUAAAAGCAAUGAUAAAGCUUGGAAGAACAAAGAAACCGAGAGGAAUCUCAGUGGUUCAGCUGUUGUUAAAAAGGUUCCUGGCGUGAGAAGUGACAAGUCAAAGACUGAUAUGGAGAAGGUUUCAAGAAUCAGAGAUGGCGUAAGUUCCAAGAAUAAGGAGAAGGCGAUGAGAAGUGAAGAUGUAAAAGAGAAGACUGUGUGUGUUGUUGAAUCUAGCGUCAAAGGUGUUCAGAGAGAAAAGCAACCAUCAUCUGAGAAGAAGACCCUGAGAAUUGCAGAUAAAAGCUUGACUACUCCUAAACGUGGUUCCGCAGAUCAUAGUCCUACUAAACAGAUUCCAGCUAAAAUCAGUACCCGCUUGACAAAGAAGAAAGAAAGUGGUUCUGCAGACCUUGAAGCAAAACCAAAACCAGAGAAGAAGAUUAGCCCUAAGAGAACAGGAGUAAAGGUGACUCUAGCGAAGCAGCUGAGUUUCAAGAAAGGGAAGACUCUUGAUCCGAAACCCGAGGAUUCUUCUCCAAAAUGGAUAAAGUUGAGAAAGAGGGUUGUGCAGGAACUGAAAACACAAAUGGAAGGGAGGAAGAAGACUCUGAGAGAUAAAAGAUUGGGUGUAGAGACAAAAACCGAUUCUUGUGAAGGUAUUAAACGUGAGAAGGUUGUUCUGAGGCAUCGACAAGUAGAAGGGAAGAAGAAAAAGAUGACAUUGUUCAACAAUGUGAUUGAAGAGACAAUGAAUAAGUUGACAAAGGUAAGGAAGACCAAAGUGAAAGCUCUUAUUGGUGCUUUUGAAACUGUAAUCUCUCUUCAGGACACUAAGACACCUCAGAAAGUUCAGAGCAAGGCCACAACAUCUGCGUCGAAGGUUAGUCCUAUGGGUUCCGAACAGUGAACAAACAAAAAACCAAAAACUAUAUCUGUUCAUAUAUGAUCUAACAUUCAAGAAUUCAAACUUCGAGAACAUAUUUUUAGAGGAAGAGAGCGAGAGAUACUUGUCUUGUUAUUUUCCUCGAAAUAGCAAAAGGAUUUAUAUAUGUAC